AUGGCGGAUACUCAGGAGGAAGAGGCGACCCAGCCAGGUACGGUUCUUCUUCCCAUUGCCCUUCCCAAUGCCUCUCCACCUUGUCCUUCUCCCCCUCCCCGCGCACGUCGCACUUCUUUCUCUGCAUCCUACAAGCAAUGGCAGCAGCAACAAGCAGAAUCUGAUCCUUACUAUGUAGCCACCCAAAUCUACGACGAUGAUCGCCGCUAUGAUCAAGGCAACUCGGGUCUGAGCAACGAGGAUGCCGCCGACAUCAUCUGUUGCCUCAAUCCCAUCACCCUGCCAGCCUACGAAGGCGUAGACGAGAUCCAUCGCCAAACCCCUGAACUGACAAUGAAGAAUGAUAAUGUGACUCAUAUGAGACAGAAGGGCGAGUCGGUGGAAGAAGCUUCUCAAGCUCAGAACAGAGGCUUGGUUGCCUGCUCUCUCGUCCUGCGCUUUUCUCACGAACCAAAAGAACCACUCCAAGGUUUCCAAUUCGGUCGGAAGCUUGCCAGAUGUGAUUUCGUCUUCGCCAAAGGCAAAGGUCCAGCCAGACGAAUCAGCAAUGUCCAUUUUCGCAUCUACAUCAACGAGUUUGGCUCGCUAAUGAUCGAGGAUACAUCGACCAACGGAACACUUGUCGACAGAUAUCUUCUUCGUUGCAAGGAGAAGGAGAACAACAAAAUGUACAAACAAAUACUUGAGGCAGGUCAGACUAUUAGUUUCAUCAUGGAAAAUGGUGAACCGAACAUCACCUUUAUGGUAUGGGUUCCGAAUCGGAACGAUGAGGCCAUGAUGGCGUAUGACGAGAACUUGGCAAAGCAUCUUGCAAAGAUCACCGCCCUCGAGGCCAGUCGAGCAGAAGCUAUCCGUGCCGCUGAGAGAAAAGGACCUGUAAGAUAUCCUGAACCCUCAAACGCUCGUGCACUAACAAGUGAAAGGUCAAUUUGUUCCCACAAGCAGGAGCCGCUACAUCAGCUGCCUCUACGUCUGGGGUCUUGAUGAAACGCCCCCUCGAAUGGAAAGGUGGCAGAAAAUAUAACAAAGUUGGUGUCAUUGGCAAAGGAGCGUUUGCGACCGUCUACAAGAUCACCGCUCGAUAUGACGGCGAACCCUUCGCUGCCAAGGAGUUGGAAAAGAGAAAAUUCAUGAAGAAUGGAAUCUUAGAUCACAAAGUGGACAUGGAAAUGAAGAUUAUGUCAAAGAUUACACACGUAAGUCUCACACCUCCCGAGCCACUAGCUCUACUAACAUGUACUAGUCAAACGUGGUUCAAUUCCUUGAGUAUGUUGAUUAUCAUGAACACUUGUACAUUAUCAUGGAGUAUAUUCCUCAUGGUGAUCUGGCAGGUCUCAUCAACAAGAACGGAGCUUUGCCCGAACCUGACGUCAAGGACAUCGCAAUCCAACUUUUGGGCGCUCUUGACUACCUCCACAAAAAUGGUAUCACCCAUCGAGAUGUCAAGCCAGACAACAUCCUGCUCUCUCAGCUCGACCCUCUCGUGGUCAAGCUGACAGAUUUUGGCUUGUCAAAGAUAGUCGAGACCGAGGAGACAUUCAUGAACACCUUCUGUGGAACAUUGCUCUAUUGUGCUCCUGAAGUGUAUGCUGAGUUCGCCGAGUACGACGAGAACGGGAUGCGUACUCUUCGAGGAGUAUCUAGGAGACCAGCUAACAGGCAACGCUAUGGUAACGCCGUCGACAUUUGGUCGCUGGCAGGCGUGCUUUGGUUUGCCAUUGCUCAAAGCCACCCAUACCCGGCCGAAGGCAAGGUCCAGUACAUAACCUUGUUGGGCGCAAUCAUGUCAACACCUCUCGACAUCCGGCCACUGCAAAAAGCCGAAAUCAGCGACAGUGGACUGGCUGCUAUCAAAUCCAUGUUGCGCGUUCGACCAGAACAUCGAGCAACUAUUGCAGAGUUGCAACAGUGUUCUUGGAUCACAGGCGUGGUAGACGAGGUGCCAAUGACACAGGAAGAAAGUUUUGCUGAUCUGCCGCCAGAUGCAGAAGCAUCUCAACAACUGUCCCAGCUAAGCAUCCACCCUCGAGAAGUUCCCGAUAGUGAGGAGUUCGACUUGGAUGCCAAUACGAGUGAAGUCACCGAUAUUCAAGUACCACAGCCACCACGAGAGAUCCUCAGCAGCUUCAAUGAAGAAAGUAAUGGUGAUCUUGCUCUUGAAGAUAGCUAUGGGUUUGAAAGAGAGGAACUGCCUACUUCUGAUAACCAAGGUAACCAAGGCACCAAUGGUCGCUUGUUUGGCGAAGUGAAUAUGUCGGACGUUGGCAGCUCAGGAGCCAUCCCUUCAGACCAAUUGAAUUUGCCCAUGAGUGAGCACGACUUUGACGCGUCAUAUCUCCCACAAGAAGACGCAAGUUUUGAACCAGCAUCGUUCGCGAAAAGCUUUGGCAACCCCGACCAAGCACUCGACCCUGCCUUGCCUAACACGAUGGUGCCCUUGCGCCUUCCUCGAAUGCAUCCCGACGACGCCUCGACAAACCACCUGCAGCCACCAGAUCGAGGACAUCGCGCAGAACGAUCUUCCAGUUUGAUGGGAACAGAAACCAUGGUCGGCGCUCUGAACAUGCAAUCACCAGCAUCUGCUGCCUCUCCUAUGCCAGAUACCCCAACCGCAGAUGGCACGAACGGUGUCAGCUUGCGUCGCCCUCGCGAAGAAGAUGACGAUGACGAUCCGGACAGCGAUUGGCUCCCAGCGGACAUGGAAAGACCAAGCAAGAAGCAUAAGUCUGCGCGUGAGAUAGUCAUCGACGUCCCUCCAAGCAUUUUUUGGGAUCCUGCCGACCCUUCCACCCACCAUGACAAUUACCCUCGUAUGGAUACGACAAAAUACCACGCACUCAGCAAAUACGCAAUGUCGAAGGGUGAGCUAUUUGCGCCUGGCCAGAAGACAUUCGAGACCACCAUGGAUAGCUUCCGCAGAAGCCGUAGCCGUAGCUCUUCUGUUGAGCCAACGCGAGCCCAUUCGGAGCCUACGACUGCGGACGAGGGUAGACGAUUCAUGCUGAGACGCGAUGAGCGAGUUUUAGGUGCAGGAUUUGUCGGAACAAAAAAUGAGGAUUUGUCAGAGACAGCCAAUGCUUCGAGCAUCGCACAUAGCUAUAUUCCAGCUCCCUCAGAAUCACCGGCACAUCCAGUCGUUGGCAAUGACUUCCAACCCCCAAAGCGCAUUCUAGCGAAAUUAUUUGGAACUCCUGAUAGCUCAUUGCCCACAGUCAACAUCAACAUCACCGAUGGCGUCACGAGCUGGGGUAGAGGUCCUCACACUACCCUCAAAUAUUCAAAUGGCAAGGAUGUUCGUAUUCCGCGUUAUGCCUUCAAGAUUAUUCUCUUCAAGCCAAAAUUCUACGGUAAAAACACCAAGGAUGUUGAGCUCUGGAAGGAUGAAAAUCAAGACAUGGCGUUCUAUAUUUCCACCAAGGCAACCAUGGGCAUUUUGGUCAAUGAAACCCGAAUCCAAAGUUACGAUUCUCAAAAUUACAAGACCGCAUCAAGAUACUGGGCUGAGCUUCGGCAGGGUGACAUGAUCACAGUCAACGAACACCAGCAGGGUAUCAUCAAAUUCAGAUUCGAGUGCUUCUUUGGCAAGUCCAAGCAACGUCGACACGCCGCCGAGGGAGUCGAAGUCAUGUCAAAAGAUUUGACCUUCUUGGCUGAUAUUGAGGAAGCAACUCUUCGACAGGAGAACGCCGUCUUGCUUGAUCGAGAGCUUCGAGAGAUUCAGGAAGAGAAAAUCAAAAAGGCUGAAAAGGAAGAGGAAAAGCGCAAGUUGGCUGAGCGACAGCAAGCCGAGAAGCCAACUCAACUGACUGUGCAAACCCGACAACCACAAUCAGCCGAGCAAAAGCAAACCGUAGGCGUGUACGGCGGUGGUGACCUGUCAUAUAGUCGUCUUUUUGACGGCUAUUGACUUCGUGCUCUCGUUUGACUACUUCGUUUUGUUUUUUUCCCGGACGAGAAAACAUGAUGAAUUACGAUACAACACACAAUUUACUGUACAAUAUUCUCCUUUUUUUCCUACCUUGUUGUUUGUCAUACCAAAACAUCACACACACAGCGGGGCUUUUACAGAGCGGACAUUUGCACAUUUGAACCUUGGUUUCAGUUUCUUUCCUCGGAUGGAAUGGAAACUUUCAUGGAUGGAUGGCCAAAAUUUGCAUUCUCGUUUGCUUUGGGUCAUAGUGCAUGAUACAUGAGGAUCUAUGCUUGUCUCUCUAUUUCUUUUGUAAUUGAUGGUGGAGUUUGAGAGACAUUAUCUUGUUGACAAGAUGAUUUCUCUUUUCUGAACUGAACAGUUGUUUUACCGAGCAUGCUGGGAAAGGCGUGUGAUGGAGACUUCGUUCAUGGGAAAGAUGUAUGUUGAGAAAGUGCGCGAACUGGAACGAAUUGAAGGAAUUGAGUCCACUCAGAUUGUUACGUAGCAUAGCUAAAUUCAAUACAAUGAGAAAUUAUAAUCAUGGU